AAAUUUGCUUCUAGUCUGCUUUUGGCAAAAUAUUGACGAUUUGUGACCGAGCUCUUCAGAAUGGAAGGUAAAGCAGUAAAAGUGGAGCCGAUCAAGGCUGGUGCACGAACGGAUCAGGAGCUGAUGGCACAUCUUGCUGCUCAGGUUGGGGAUGGCAGACUGUUCAAGAUGGACGUUGACUAUGAAAGUCAAGUGGAUGAAGCCAUUCCCAAAGCCAAUGCAAUCGCGGCGAAAGGAGACGUUGCUGGAGCACUGGACUCGCUUGCAAACUUAGAGAAGUUAUCUCGACUGGGAUCUGAUAUGAAGAGUAAUACAAGAAUUGUACAGCACAUGGUGAAAUUGUGCUUCGAUGGAAAGAAAUGGGAUCUUCUGAACGACACCAUCUUGACACUGUCCAAAAAACGACUCAUUAUUAAGAUGGCCAUUGCUAAAAUGGUCCGCGAUGCCUGUGAAAUGGUGGAGAAGAUGCCAAAUGAAGAGCUUAAAAUGAAACUCGUUGAUACACUUCGUACAGUCACCGCUGGAAAGAUCUAUGUCGAAGUAGAAAGAGCUCGACUCACAUCGUUGGUGGUGAAGAAACUCGAAGCAGAAGGUAAGCUGGAAGAGGCGACAAAUCUGAUUCUAGAGCUGCAAGUUGAGACUUAUGGAUCGAUGGAGAUCAAAGAAAAGGUGGAAUUUCUGUUGGAGCAGAUGCGCCUCUGUGUUGCGAGACAAGACUACAUAAGAGCACACAUCAUCUCGAAUAAGAUCAGUACGAAGUUCUUCAAUAGCGAUAGCGUAGAGGUGCAAGACUUAAAACUUCGCUUUUAUUAUCUGAUGAUAACGAUCGGACUACAAGACUCAAAGUAUUUGGAGGUUUGCAGGCAUUACAGAGCCAUUUUCGACACCCCGAAGAUUUCUGCGGACACAGAUAAGUCUCGCAUGGUACUCAAAUGUGCUGUGAUGUACUGCUUACUUGCGCCACACAGUAAUGAACAAUGGGAUUUGCUGAACCGUAUAGCGAUUAUGAGAGAACUAGAGCUUGUACCUGAAUACAAAUCUCUCGUGGAGCUGUUUAUUAAUCAAGAGUUGAUCUCUUGGCAGAACAUAAUUGUGCGACAUUAUGAAAAAACCUUGAAGAAAACUCCGGGAACUGGGAUCUUCGAAGGAAAAGAUGGAGAAAAGCGUUGGAAAGAUCUACAUAUGAGAGUUGGAGAGCAUAAUAUGCGUAUGAUCUCAAAAUACUACACGCAAAUUACGUUUGAUCGAUUAGCCGAGCUACUGGAUUUCCCUCUGAACGACAUGGAGGCGUUCCUUUGCAAUCUCAUUGUGACGGGUGGAAUUACAGACGCAAAAAUCCACCGCCCAUCUCGUGUUGUGAAUCUUAGAGCACGAAAGGCAAAUCUGGAACAGUUGGAUCAAUGGGCCAGCAACGUCCAUAAACUCACGGAAACGUUGAAUAAGGUUUCUCAUCUCAUCCUUAAAGAACAAAUGGUACACCGUAACCUUGAUGCAAUGCAAGUAAGCUGAACAAAUGCAGUCUCGUUCGUGAUCCUCUUUUUCUGUGGAUGCAGUAUUUGAAUGCAGAAUUUGUAAAAAAAAUGUGUUACGGUAAUUUAUUGAUCGAUUUCUGAUUUGUGUAAUAAACAUUGUCAAUAGUA